UCUCCAAACCCUCACUCAAUCAUUGAGAGUUUUUCUUUUUAGACUCCCACUCCUCCCUUAUUUCUCACUCUUCAGAAAAAGAAAAAAAGAAGAUUAUAUACUUUUUGUCAGUUUCUAUCAAUUUAUGCAUUUUUGUACAAAUUGAUUCUGUGUGAAUAAGCAAAUUCUUCGUUAUCGAAUUAGAAUUUUCAGAGACUGAUUGAAAAGUUUUUUGAGUUUUGUGAUGUCUUUCAUGGAUACUUUUUUUGUUCCCGAAGAAACAAAGGACGAAGAAGGCGAGUGGGAGAAAGAAAGAUAAUUAGAAAAAAAAUACGAUUUCUGCUUCUACUAAUCUUCUUCUUCUCCGAGAAAAGUAGAAGUAGAGCGAAUCAGAUCAUUACUAAAAAAACUUUGUAGUUUUGUAUUUUCAUAUAUAUAUAUUUAUCUCUGUUUCGAUCUCUGCUUUGCAGUUUGACGAUAAACGAUGUCGACGACGGUAAUCAGUGAGUCGGCGGUAGUGAUGAACGCUGCGGAGGCCGGAAAACUUGCGGCACCGACAAUCGAGGUGGAUUUCGCGAAAUGCGAUUGUUGUGGAUUGACGGAGGAGUGUACUCUGGCUUACAUAGAGACGAUCCGCGAGCGGUAUCAGGGGAAAUGGAUAUGCGGACUGUGUGCGGAAGCAGUGAAGGAUGAGAUGAUGCGGUGUGAGAGGUUGAUCAACACGGAAGAAGCCUUAACUCGUCAUCUCAAUUUCUGUAAGAAGUUCAGUUCUUCUACUCCUCCUCCAGAUCCGACUGUUCACUUGAUCGCUGCCAUGAGGCAGCUUCUGCGGAGGAGCUUGGAAUCUCCUAAAUCGCUCAGGUCGAUGCCCUGUAGUCCGACGAGGAACAGCAGAGAGAUGCAGACUAACGUUUUAGUUCGAGCUGAAAGUUGUAUUCCUACACUUUCUUUGGUGGUUGAUUCUGCUGCUUAUCAUGCCAUGGAAAUGGAUCCCGAUUCCGAAUGAAGGUGAUGACUUUAGGUUUAAUUUCAACCCUCAAAUCCCCGCCAUGGAAAAAAAGAAAUAAAUUAAGUAGAAAAAACAACUCUAAUAAUGCUUAAUUUGCCUCAAAAAUGUAAACACAAUAGAACUGGAAUCGUUUGGCGAUGGAUUGUGAUGAAAUGGAAUGGAA